AUGGCCAAUUUGUUUUUCGGAGAAAGAAGGGCAUUUCUGUUUAUGUUCAAUAACUUCAAUAACAUUGUGUUCGAGUUUGCUCUUCACUCUUCACUGUUCGUCCUUUCAUAUUCAUACUCGCACUCCAUAUUAAUAUCAGAAAAAGCUCUCGCUGACGUUCCGAUAUCCUAUACAUCUCAUCUCUUCUUCAGCACAGCUUUGUUUGAUUCAAUCGAUCCCCAUGAGUCAUACCGGAAUGGCGGCGUGUACGAAAUGGUAAUGCUGACACUGACUCAUGAAGCUUUAUACAAAGGAAUUCAUGCUGAAUAUAUAGAUCUCUAUACUUUAUUGAAAAUCGAUAACUCCAAGCCCGACAACUCGAAACCCGCAAAACCGAUUUCGACUUAUCGGCUUUCUAAUCAUAUGACUGCUGAUGGUGUGUGCGCAUAUAAUCCUCAGCAAUCGACUCAUAGAGUCUCCCCACCUUCAGUAAGCACAGACAUACGUUCUGAUUGA